AUGCCAAAGGCGGCCUUGGCGUCCCAAAGCCCCUGCUUUUUCACUGCCAGCUUUCUGGCAGAAGAAGAGGACCUACUGUGCUCAGGAACCAGCCAACCAGCUCCUCCAUGCACAGCGACGAGACAAGCGCAAGCGCCACCGGCGAGCAACCGAUCACCGCAGAACGCACAUGGCCUUCCGAGCAAGCAGCGGCAGCGACGUGAACCCACCCACACAUCACCAGCCCUGACCGGAGAAGAGCGCGCCGCCCGGGCGCACCUUGCGGCAAUCGCCCGGGACGCUGCCAGCGGCACUGCCUCCCGGUGGGAACGCCGUUUCUGCAACCCACGGGGUCCGCGAUCCGACUGCAUAUCUGCUCUGCGUGACCCAGCGAACUUACCACGUCGGCAAAUCUUACCAGAUUACCUGUGCGAAGCGGAGCACAGUUUAGCGGAGUGCGGCUGGCGACCAACAGACCUCGAGACGGCCAGUGACCACUCAUCAGGCAGUAGCAAACGCGAGCGUGCAGCGGCAUUGUACGCGACGUUCCUUGACCGUGUCCUUCAUGGACUGCGAUGGUCAGCUUUGAUGCGCAACGCGGUGGCGGCGGAGCACUGCCUGGAGUUCGGCGCUCGCCACGGAUACUCUGGAAUGCCGCGCCCCAAUCGGCAGCUCGCGGGCGCUCUGAAGCGGCGGGCGGAACGGGAUAUGGAGCGGCGUGUGCGAAGUCGCUGGACCCUGCUUGCCGACGCUGAUGUCCCUCAGCGAUGGCGAUGGCACCGCUGGCGACUACUCAAUCCACCGGACUUGACUAUCGCACGAGCCAAGGAGGCGCAGCUUUUUCACACCGAGACAGCACGCCGCUUCUGGAGCAGCCUGGAAUGGUACCUCAACCUGCCGGACCUACGGCAGCGAGCGACGCACGCGCUCAGAAGAGCUCUUGAUGUCUACGUCUCUGCAGCGUCCAAUGCCUGCACUAACAGCCGAGCCAUCACGACGGCCGACGAGGAUCGCGAUGUUUUCACUGCUGUUAUCAUCCGAGAACGGCAGUUAUGGCGACGUCGACGCGAUCAAAAUCGCUAUCAACACCGGCCAACGUCCAUCCGCGCCGACGUUUGGCGAGCCGCCCGCUGGUGGAUUGCCUAUCACCAGCAACGACGACCACGAGGACGAGAUACAGAACGAUCUCGCCGUGCAACCAGCGUUAUCCGCCAAUCAUGUAGCAGUGCCACCAUUCACAGGCUGCAAGAUUGGGUGGGGGACACCCUGCCUGGUGUGGCGGUUAAAGACGGCAACAACGGCGACGACGGCGAUGAGGCAUCAGCUCUGGUGCAGGCGGCGCGACGUGGCGAGGCGGCAGCAGCAGCAAUGGCUGAAGCCAGGCUUGCGGCAAAGCGGGCAGCGCGAGCUGAAGCUCGGGAAAUCCGAAUGAAGGAACUGGAGCGGCAGCAGAAGGAGAUCUAUCAAGUUCAAAAGAAAUAUUGUGGUCUGGAUGCUAAGUUUGGUGACAUCGAGCAAUGGAUGGAAGACACUGAGCGUUACAACCGUAAAUCCAGAAGAUAUACCUCGGUUUCAGAUGAAGAUGAGCGCGUGUCAGUGGGUAGUCGCGGAAGCCUGAGGCCUUCGGAAUACAGUUACUACCUUGGCUCAGGAUCUCGGGCUUCUUCUAGAGCUAGUUCUGCUCGUGCAAGUCCAGUGGUUGAAGACAGGCCUGACAAAGACUUCGAUAAGGGGGUUCGUACUGUGUCAAGUUUGUCAGCGGCUACCUUGGCAUCCCUGGGUGGAACGUCUUCACGGAGGGGCAGCGGGGACACCUCCAUUUCAGUUGAGACCGAAGCAUCUAUUAGAGAAAUUAAGGACAUCAGUGAGUUAAAGGACCAGAUUCAGGAUGUGGAAGGAAAAUACAUGCAGGGAUUGAAGGAAAUGAAGGAUUCCCUAGCUGAAGUUGAGGAGAAAUAUAAGAAGGCUAUGGUUUCAAAUGCUCAGCUAGAUAAUGAGAAAACAAAUUUCAUGUACCAAGUAGAUGCUUUAAAGGAUGCAUUGUUAGAACUGGAAGAACAGCUUGCAGAAUCCAGAAGACAGUAUGAAGAGAAAAACAAGGAUUUUGAAAGAGAAAAACAUGCUCAUAGUAUAUUGCAAUUUCAAUUAAUGGAAGUCAAAGACGUUUUGAAGCAAAGAGAAGAACUACUUGCAGAAAUCCAGCAACUGCAACAGAAACAGGAAGGCUAUACCAGGGAAAUGUCUGAUCUUCAAGAGACAAUAGAGUGGAAAGAAAAAAAGAUAGGGGCAUUAGAGAGGCAGAAAGAGUUCUUUGAUUCCAUAAGAAGUGAGCGAGAUGAUCUUAGAGAGGAGGUGAAUAUGCUGAAAGAACAAUUGAAGAAACAUGGACUAAUCCCUAAUACAGAGAUAGCUACCAAUGGAGAAACUUGUGAUAGACUUCCAGGUUCUUCCACACUUCUCCCAGUGACAAGUCAUGCUGUUAAGGUAGCCGAAGAUGGUACCCUAGGCAGAGCCAUUGAAAUGGAGAUGAAAAAUGAGAGUGUGGAGAAUGUGAGGAAAAGAGAAAUCUUGCAAAGCACUGAGAAUGAGGAACACACAGAGGAGAAUGAGGAGAUGGAAAUUGUACAGGAAUGUCUGGACACAAAGACGCACGCGGAUGGAAGUGGGAAGGCAGAGGGAAUCGCAGGAGGCCGAGUCGCAUCAGCGCCAUCGUUAAAUGGUGGACUUGAGGAACCAGCUGAAAAUCAUUCAGCGCAUGUUCCAAGAAUUGUUUGUGACUUUAGAAACAGUGAUGUGGCUGAAUUAAGGGAUGAAUGGGGGUUGCUGGGUAAUAUAACAGAAGUGAAGGAGGCUAAUACUGAAAACAUUAAAGAUGGGACUGUUGUAAAUAAAAUUGAUAAGCAAAAUAACAUAGCAGAUCCAUGUAUUGAGGCUAGUUUGGAAACAAAUAUAGUGUCUGAAAUACUUUCUGAAGAACAGAAUAGAAAAAACCAAAAAGAUAUUUUAGUUGAUGAGGCAGGAACCAGUGAUAAUGAAGUCUUUGAAGGAACUUUAGAUUCUGUGACUCAGAACCCCACAGAAACUUCCAGUCAGUCAGAACCACUGAAAUCGACAGGAGAUGCCCUUACAGAAGCAGCAAGGAUCGAAUCUAAUGUUGAGUAUCCAUGUGAGGCCAGAAAAACUAGAGAGAACAAAGUUGUUGAGAGGGAUUUGGAGAGCCAAGCUGCUGAAGGUGAAGAAAGUUUAGAAAUAACUAAAAAACCUGAAUGGGGCAAAAAGGGUAUUGAUAAAACUAAGGACAGGAAUGAGGCAGAAAAUGCUUUCCUGCAGCAGGAAACCAAAGUAAUAACUUCAGCCGUAGAGGGGGGGGACGUCCCAUGUGCCUGUGAAAGGGCACAAGCUGAGCUUAUAGAGGAAGAAAAACAACUUAAAAUACAAGAACCCCAGUCCAUGCUUUUGCAACAUGAUUUGUUGGUUGAAGAGGAACAAAAAGAGCAAGAGACAAAAGAAAGUGAAAAUAAUACUGGAAAGAGCCACAUUGAAAAGACUGAAGAAAGAGAUGCAUUGUUGGGAACAAUGGAUGCCGAUGCUGAGAAAAAUAAUGAGCAACCUGCCAUGAAAGAGAUUUUAUCAGGAAAAAAUGUUGCAGAUAGUGCAUCUCCAAGUGAAUGCCAGAUCCAUGAGGAAAGAAUAUUAGAGAAUGACUCUAUAAAAUACAGGGAGAGAAAACCUGAAUUCAUACCUGAUGGCAAAACACUGGCAUGCAUAUCAGCUGCACAUAAAGAAUUUGCUGAAGGUCAAACCAAUCCCACACAAGUUAAGACUGAGCCUACAGGAGAGCAGAGUACAGAAGAGCAAGUUGACAUUGUCCAGGAGCCAGCUGUGAUGACAAUCACGGGGGAUACUGAAAAAGCGGCCGAAGGGGAGAAAGAAGAUGAGAAUCCCAGAGAGGCAGGAGAGAUGCAUCAUCCCACACAAGUUAAGUCUGAGCCUACAGGAGAGCAGAGUACAGAAGAGCAAGUUGACAUUGUCCAGGAGCCAGCUGUGAUGACAAUCAUGGGGGAUACUGAAAAAGCGGCCGAAGGGGAGAAAGAAGAUGAGAAUCCCAGAGAGGCAGGAGAGAUGCAUCAUCCCACACAAGUUAAGUCUGAGCCUACAGGAGAGCAGAGUACAGAAGAGCAAGUUGACAUUGUCCAGGGGCCAGCUGUGAUGACAAUCACGGGGAAUGCUGAAAAAGCGGCCGAAGGGGAGAAAGAAGAUGAGAAUCCCAGAGAGGCAGGAGACAUGCAUCAUCCCACACAAGUUAAGUCUGAGCCUACAGGAGAGCAGAGUACAGAAGAGCAAGUUGACAUUGUCCAGGAGCCAGCUGUGAUGACAAUCACGGGGGAUACUGAAAAAGCGGCCGAAGGGGAGAAAGAAGAUGAGAAUCCCAGAGAGGCAGGAGAGAUGCAUCAUCCCACACAAGUUAAGUCUGAGCCUACAGGAGAGCAGAGUACAGAAGAGCAAGUUGACAUUGUCCAGGGGCCAGCUGUGAUGACAAUCACGGGGAAUGCUGAAAAAGCGGCCGAAGGGGAGAAAGAAGAUGAGAAUCCCAGAGAGGCAGGAGAGAUGCAUGAUAUUGUGCCAGACAUCCAGGAGUCACAGAAGGUUGACUUCAGUACUGAAGAAGAAAAGCUUGAGAUUGAAGAUGAAGAAGCUGGUGAAGAGUAUCAUGAAGCAAUUGAUUUUGUUGAGUUUCCUUCUGGAGAACUGAAUACCUCUGAAAGGAAUGUAGGCCAGGGUAAUGAAGAAGAGAAUAAUAAGCAAAAAGAAGAGAAAGGCGGGGCUACAGAAGGGGCAAUGCAGACUGUGCUCAGGGAAGACUGUGACAAUCAAUGUAAGAAUGAAGAACAAGUUGCAGAAGACAAUAACAAGGAGCAAACCAAUCAGAGCUCUGUGAAGGAGGAGAUAAAGGAGAGACUACUGACUGAAGGUGAUGAGAAUAUUCAGGAGGAGAAGCAAAAGGAAUCUGAAAAAGCUGAGCAUUUGCAAAUUGAUCCUUCUGUGUCUGCAAAAGCACCAGAUGAAGUGUUGUGCAAUACAAAUGGAAAGCUGUUAGAUGAAAACAAUACAAAAGAAACUGCUGAAUGUACCUCAGAGCAGCUGGAAAAUCUUGGGAGAGUUGUAGAUGAAAGCCAAGAGGAAAUUCAAGUGAGUAAGAAGGGUAAAGGUAAAUCUCGAGAAGAUUGUGUAGUAGCAUGAUCUCAGAAGCUGGGCUGUUGCUUGUUGGUGGCGUAGCAGCCAUCUGAGAAGGUUCAGGGUAAAAAUUCACUUUUGUGCAAUAGACCAAAGAAAACUUUCUAACUUCUGCUUUUUUAACUUACUGUAAACACAAAUUCCUUUCCUAUAGCAAUUAUGAAUGUAUCUGAUGAUGCUGUUAAAUUAUCAGGUUUAAUUAUCAUUUAUCACAUCAGUACCAAUCUAUUGAAUUCUUAAUGAAGACAUUU